AAUUUGGCCAUACAAUGAAACGUUAAGUUGAUUUUUUUAGCGAAUACGGAUCAGUGAUUGCCGACUUCAAAUUGAAAUGUAUAUUUAAUAUUUUCCUUGACACUGGGGUUGAAUUGAUUUAGACAUCGUAUUCCUGAAUUAUCAAGUAUUACGUAAUUUCCGUCUUAUCACCGGACUCCGGAGGUCCCGACAAAUUCGCAGUGACCAUCAAGAAUAAAAACAUCAUACGUUGUCUACGUCACUGCGUCUGUGCAGCUGACUGGCUACAGUAAACAAUAAUCGUAUUGCGUAAAUCAAAUAAUUAAUAAACACAGUCAAUUGUACACAGUUGUACGAUACGGACGUAAUUUAAACUUCCAAAAUGUAUUAUGUGAAAAACUAUUUCGUUUUUUUGUUGACAUUUAGCUUAUUUGCUCAAAACUCGCUCGGGUUUUCACCAGUAAUUUUAAUUCCUGGUGAUGGAGGGAGUCAACUGGAGGCUAAAGUUAAUAAAACGAAUGUUGUGCAUUACAUUUGUGCUAAGACCUCAAAUGAUUUCUACAAUGUGUGGCUCAACCUGGAACUGCUGGUACCUUUUGUGAUAGAUUGUUGGAUAGACAAUGUACGACUGGAAUACAAUAAUGUUACACGAAAGACGAACAACCCUCAGGGGGUGGAGAUUAGAGUACCAGGCUGGGGUAACCCAGAACCUGUUGAGUGGUUAGAUCCAUCUCAUGAUUCUGAGGGUGCUUACUUUAAUACCAUCGGAGAUGCUUUAGUCAAAAUGGGGUAUGUAAGAAAUGUGUCUUUGAGAGGGGCUCCAUAUGAUUUCCGAAAGGCACCAAAUGAAAACGGUGAGUUCUUUGUGAAGUUAAAGACCCUUGUAGAGGAUACAUACGCAAUGAAUAACAAGACAGCUGUGACACUGCUAGUGCACAGUAUGGGAGGGGCGAUGGCACUGCAAUUUCUUCAGCUGCAAAGCCAGAGCUGGAAGACCCAGCACAUACGGAGGAUGAUCUCCCUCUCCACACCAUGGGGAGGUGCUGUGAAAGCACUCAAAGUAUUUGCUAUAGGUGAUGACCUCGGCUCUAUGAUGCUGUCCCCCAGUACCCUGCGAGCGCAGCAGAUCACAUACCCGUCGUUAGCCUGGCUGCUGCCGUCGACUCGUCUGUGGGGCCCCCACGAGCUGCUCGUCACCACCGACAAAUACAACUACACCAUAAACGACCUGCAGAAGCUCUUCAACGAUAUGGAGUUACCGAACGCUUGGGAGAUGCGUCGGGACACAGAGAAGUACUCCAGCGACGUGGCCGCACCGGGAGUCGAACUGCACUGUAUAUAUGGAUAUAACAUCUCUACCGUUGAGAGACUGGACUAUAAGCCCGGCACUUGGCUGGACGGAAAGCCUAAUCUGGUAUUCGGUGACGGCGACGGUACGGUCAACCUGCGCUCACUGUCAUACUGUGAGCGGUGGGGAAAGACGAGGCGGCGUGCGGGCAUGUGGAGACCGUUACAACGAGGAUCCCGGGCCCCGCAGGCCUCGCUGAAGGCCCUGCCACUUAGCAACGCGGAACACCUCAAGAUUCUCCACGACCCUCGCGUGGUACAAUACAUCACCACCGUCAUGGCCAUACCGUGACCCGACCCUCACCUGAAACUAAAUACUAAUCUCUUACCUUUGAUUUGAAAUCUUAUUAUGUAGACGAGGUGGUAAUGCUCUCUUAAUGAUUUAACUACAACUACCAGAAAAAAACAUUCUGUAUAAGUUUUAUCAUACAUUGAUAUUAUUUAAAAAAAAAAUUAAAUAUUCUCUAUUCAUUAUAGAAUGAAGUAAUAUUAAUUUUUAUUUUUUAUUGUUCCGAGUCAAAGAACAAAUGCUUCAAUGGAAACUAAGCCUCACAGUAUCUGUAUAGCGUGUUGUGAUGUUUUAAGUUUAUAAUUAAAUUCUAAUAGCUGUAACGAAGCUCUCUAUAAAAUACUAAGUUUUCACUGUAAAUAUAAUAAAGUGAUUUAUUUAUAUUAAAUACAAUAUUAAUAUGAUAAAUAAAUUGAUUUAUGAGAAAUGUACUAACCACAUAUAUUUAUUUAUUAAUUUCUUUUCAAGAAAAUACUCAACAUUUGUUUUCCUACAACAGUGACAUGGUUAAAUUCGGAAGCAUUUGCUCACUUUUCGUUAAGAUUCAUUAUGCUGCCGGUGUCUGAAUCACUUUUCCAGCUCUCUCUUUACAAGAAAAUAUUCAUCAUCAUCAUCAGCCUAUCAAAGCCCACUGCUGAGCAAAGGCCUCUUCUCACAUGGAGAAGGCUAGAGCAUUAAUCGCCACACCUGCUCAAGACGGGGUGGCUAUUUCAAUCUUAUACUAUAAUAUAAGAAAAUAUUAUCAUUUAAUAAAUAUAUAUGAAGCUGACGAUGAAGCUUCCUAACUUCAGAAUCAAGAUAAAGUCCAUUGAGUAUAGAAAUGCAUCAAUAAACAUUAUAUAUCAACAAAACCUUCUUAGUGUUUAUGAUAUAAUAACUGUUUGAAAGAAUUUAUCAGUUUUUUCAUGUCACUUUAACAGUGUUACUAACCCUACCAUUAUAUGAGAUAAGUUUGUAUUGACAAGUGUCGAUGUGGAUAAUGGAGUCAUUAAAAUAAAGUCUAUGGCUGUGAUAUAAGUAAUACUUGUUUGUUAUCAUUUAUGAUAUAUUUUCAGUGUCAAUAUUAUUUUUUUAUUUUUAGUAAUUUCAAUAUUGUUUAGUAGAAACAAAGCGAUUACCGAGUGUUGAAAUAAAAAUAAAAUAAUAUAAAAUUAAAA